AGAUAAAGGUUGAACCACUGAAACAAGAGGCGAUCGACCUCACUAUAGACGAUGAAGAUUUUUCGUUGGAUGUCAGGAAACCCACGAUGAAGCAAGAAUCAAUUGAUUUGACUGGAUCAGACUCGGAGUCGGAUGAUGACGACGCGUCUCUUAUAUGCCGGAACCUCUUCAUGUCGCAGAACAGUGACGAACCCUCCAGUGCAAGCUCUCCCACCGCUGUCGACGUCAGCCAUCUCUUUGAUUUCUCAUCUGCAAAUAAUGUACCAGGACCCGCGUACAUAGAUGAAGACGAAGAUAACGAUCGGGACCUCCCGGUAAUAUUCCGUAGCCUGAGUCCUCUCCGCUCGCCACUCCCAUGUACACCAAACCAUCGCACUGAGGGAUACUCACUCCGUCCCCGCCCCAGGCCUUCAAGGAAUGAUACUCCGACCUACUCUGAACCUCCGGCCAAACGGUGCAAAAAUCAUGGUAACGGAGAGGAAAACCCAGGGUGGAAGAAGGCUUAUAACUGGCUUUUGAAGAAGCAUGGUGAUCUUCAGCAGGAAUAUAGUAUGCUCAAGGAGAAGAUCGAGAUGGCGAAGAGAGUCGAGCAAGGACAGGGACAGGGGGCAUCAAGGUCACCUUCGCACCUCAGCGAUGUAACCAACAGAGGUGCGACUGUACUGGGUGGUACUGGUCAUAUGAAUCAACGGCCGUAUGUGUCCAAUGUCUACAGUUUACUCUCUUGAGCAUCUCUCAUCUCCACGCUUUUUUGACUGGAUAUUAUAUACGUACAUAUUUUCAGUGAUGUACAAGUUUGACGACGUAUGCUACAAGUUGUAUGAUAGGGAAAAAAUGUUCAGUUUAACAGUCAUGUUAUCAGACCAUGUAAGCUAGUAUCUUACAACAAUCCGGGGUAAGCGAUGCGUGGUAGGUAGGUAGGAUUCCAGGGUAUGGUCUAACGGAGAACGUCGGGCGUAGUUAUACUGUUAAGAAGGGCCCUCAUACUGCCAUCUAUGGUCACGAAUUCUGG